AUGUCGCAUAAAAAAGCUGUAGAAGCACUAAAUCGAACGCUCCAGGAUUUGCGCAGCAAUACCGAUGUAAUGGGAGGAAUAGUGGUUUUACUGUCUGGUGACUUUCGCCAAACUUUACCUGUCAUUCAAAAGGGCACAACUGCAGAUGAAAUUAAAGCAUGCCUCAAGUCGUCUAUUUUAUUGAACAAGGUGAUAAAAUUCAGUUUAACUACGAAUAUGAGAGUGCAUUUGUAUAAUGAUAUCAAUCCUGGAAACUAUGCUAACACACUAUUAAAAAUUGGCGAUGGACGGUUGGAAACGGAUGCUGAGGGCUGCGUUAAAUUGACGAGAGAUUUUUGUAAUUUAGUACAGAGUCAUUCCGAAUUAAUUGCGAGCGUUUAUUCAGAUUUAACGAACAACAUGCAUGAAGACAAACGGUUAUGUGAAAGGGCGAUUCUUGCAUCAAAAAAUGAGAGCGUUAACAAAAUAAAUUCAGAUAUAUAA